UGCAAACACAUCUCAAUAAUUCCAAUGGAAUCAAUUAACACUCCUAGCCUUCCCUUUUUCCCUCCACCUAAGGACCAACAAGGUGAAAACAAGGUCCAAUUUUUUGACUUCACCUUACUGCAAAAAGAAGGAAAUGUACCAAAAGAGUUCAUUUGGCCUUCUGAGCAUUGGGUGAAAAGCAGUGGAGAAAAUAUUGAGCUACCUCUUAUUGACAUAGGUGUCAUCAAGAGUGAUGAGGCUGCAAUGGCUAAUGCUGCUAGGAUUGUGAGGGAGGCAUGCAUAAAACAUGGUGCCUUUGAAGUCACUAACAUUGGUGUGGAUUCAGAUUUCAUCAAUGCUGUUCUUCAAGAAACCUACAACAUUUUCAAGCUUCCUUUGAGCAAGAAAAUUACUGCUAUAGCCAAAGAUUCUGGCUUUUCAGUUGCUCAUGCAGAGAGGUAUACUACUGUUUUACCAUGGAAAGAGACAUUUACUUUCAUGUACAAACACAACACCAAAAAUGAGACACAAGUUGUUGAUGUUGUCAAUUCUCUCUUGGGUGAAGACUUUCAACAAUCCGGGUUGGUGUAUCAAAAGUACUCUGAUGCAAUGAAUGAUUUAACUGAGGUGAUUAUGGAGCUAUUGGCCAUUAGUUUGGGUGUGGAUCGCAAACAUUAUCAAAGAUUUUUUGAAGAUGCUGAGUCAAUGAUGAGAUGCAACUUUUAUCCACCUUGCAGUGCUAACCUCACUGGUGCUCUUGGCAAUGGCCCUCAUUGUGACCCAAUCUCUAUCACUAUUCUCCUUCAAGAUCAAGUUGGAGGUCUUGAAGUUUUUGCUGACAACAAAUGGCUUGCUGUGCCCCCAAAGCCUGAUACCUUUGUCAUCAACAUAGGUGACACCUUCAUGGCACUGACCAAUGGGUUGUACAAGAGUUGCCUACAUAGGGUUUUGGUAAGCAACGAGCUGGAGAGGAAGUCCUUGACUUUCUUCUUGAAUCCAAGAGGAGACAAAACAGUGAGUCCUCCAAAUGAACUUUUGGAAAAUGAAGAAGCUAGAAAAUAUCCUGAUUACAAAUGGUCAGAACUAUAUGAGUAUACACAAAAAACUCGUAGGGUUGAUGCUAGCACACUCGACAGUUUCAUUGCUUGGCGUCACUCUUCUGAGACAUCCAAAUUUUAGCUGAUUUGAAUUGCAUCUUGAUAAUAAGACUUUUGGUAUCAACCAUAUGUCAAUUAAUAAACGUUGUGUAAACACAAUUCAUAAUCUUAUAUUAUUUUCUCAAGUACAAUAGGAAAAUAGUGGAUAUCGAUUUUCAUGCUCAUCAUGUUGUCUGAAUUGUGAUGUACACAAACAUAAGAAUAAAUAUAUUUUUUCUUCGUGUUUA